AUGGUAUCGACCGAUCAGAAGAGCAUGUCUUCCAGAACUCGAGCCGACUCUACGGCUGCCAAGUAUACCACACAUGAUCCCGAGAGGCUCUCUGUGUCAGUGGGUAAUGUCAGUGACUUGGGCAUAGCGCCAACCCGUCGACACUUUAGCAUGUUCAACAUCAUCGCCUUGAGCUUCAACAUCUGCAACAGUUGGGUCGCCAUAGCGACGAGUCUUGCAAUCGCUAUCAGUGCUGGAGGCACUGCCACUCUGAUCUAUGGUAUCCCCUUGGCGACCAUCGCGUAUGCAGCAACUGGGGCAUCCCUAGCGGAGUUGGCGUCUUGCUAUCCUACUGCCGGCGGACACUCCUUUGUCGUCGUCACCGUUACUUGUCUGGCCCGCUCUGAGAAACAAAGUGCAAAGUAUGUCUGGGCGACCAUGGAAAGCAAUACAGGUUGGCCAGCUGGUGUGACGUUCCUCUCGGGCUUUGCAACAUCGUGCUUCAUCUUUGCUGGCCUCGAUGCCUCACUUCACCUCGCAGAAGAAUGCACAGAACCUGAGAAGACGGUGCCGAAGGCUUUGUGCACGACAAUAGUCAUUGGCUUCAUCACAGGAUUUAUUUUUGCGAUCGCAAUGUGCUACGGCAUCAAAGACAUCAACGAUCUCAUCUCAACUGCUGUGCCCAUCUACGAACUCUGGCGCCAAGCGACUGGCAGCGACGCCGCAGCAACAGUCUUCCUCGUCGUCCUUCUCACCAUCAAUUUGUUCGUUGUCAAUGCCAUUCAGCAGACGUCCUCACAUCUGAUAUGGGCAUUCGGCCGCGACAACGGUCUCGUGCUCUCGAAACAGUUGGCACAGAUGCACCCGGGUCUAGAAGUGCCUGUUUGGUCUCUGCUCGCCAAUGCUGCGGUCAUAUUUGUCUGCGGGUGCAUCUAUCUCGCGUCCACAGCUGCGUUCAAUGCUUUGAUCAACACAACCAUCAUUCUGCAAAUGAUCUCUNUUGCCAUGCCCUGCAUGCUACUGAUGUUUAGAGGCAGAAGCNAAAGGUUCCUUGCUAAAGACCGAUGGUUUCGCUUGCCUGGUUGGCUGGGAUGGACGUGUAAUGCGACUGUUGUCGUGUUCGCCAUCAUCGAAGUCGUCUUCUUUGAUCUGCCGACUUCUGUCCCAACCACGGGAUCCAGUAUGAUGCUGGCCGCAAUGGCGUUGUUCAGCUCUAUCAACUGGGUCUUCUAUGCAAGAAAACACUAUAAAGGCCCGCGUAUUGAAUUGGCGUCGUAA